GUCAAUGAUGGCGAUUAAUUUUGUUUCAAACACUCGUUUUUUGUGGAUUUAGUUAAUUUUUUCGAAAAAUUCGUGGAAAUCAACAAUUUAAAAGUGAUAAAUUCCGUUGCAGUUGUGACUGAGAGAUUACGUACUUUUGGCUUGUCACUUCCGCUCCAAAAUGUCAAACGAUUCGGAAACGCUGUCGAAGAAGUUACGCAAAGCUUCGAGUCCUACCUUCUCCGACGAUGAACAUAUCGAACCGCCCGCUUUCAGUUUGGCAACCUUGGGACUGCGUCGUGUCGGUUCUGCACCACCUCCCAAGCCACAGCCACAGCAGCCUAUACAAAUGUUAAAUGCCCGCGGCAUGCCUGCCCGCAUACGUAAGCGAAAUCGAUUUUUCUUCGACGACGACAUCAUCAAUGAUGACAAACCACUUCGAAUGAGUCUCUCGCCACGCAAAAUGCCGCUGAAGGCGACCGCAUCGCCCCACAAAACCCCUACGAAGGUGUUAAAGAAACGUAAAGGUGUUGUCUCACGGUACAUGCGCUCGGAUGAGAAGAAAAAAAGCGCUGAAGUGACCACACCGACGCGCAGCAGCCAUACAAGUGCGGCAAGCUUAUCGGCAAACACAACUCCAAAGUCCAGUACUCGACACAGUGGUAUGCCUAUUGCCGCGAGCAGCAGCUCCGCCGCAGUGACACAUAUUAUCCCCGCUGAUAAGAAGAUUGGCCAGAGCAUCGGCUUGCGCUUGCGCAAUUUAUUAAAACUUCCGAAAGCGCAUCGCUGGGUCAUAUUCGAGUGGUUCUAUUCCUUUCUCGAUAAAGCACUUUUUGAGGGUGAGAAUGAUUUUCAAGUGUGUUUGUCGGAAUCUUUCCCGAAUCUCCACACACGACAACUGACGCGGGCCGAGUGGCGUAAGAUACGUGCAUUGAUGGGCAAGCCUAGACGUUGUUCGCAAGCAUUUUUUGUGGAGGAGAGACGUGAGUUGGAACGUCGACGUCAAAAGAUACGGUAUAUGCAAAGCCGUAAAUCGGGUGACAUUAGAGAUUUGAAUUUUGUGCGUGAUUUGCCGGAAAAGAUCCCGUUGCCACUGCCCAUCGGUACCAAAGUGACAGCACGAUUGCGUGUCCCACAGGAUGGCAUUUUCAGCGGCACUGUAGAUGCCUACGAUUCAAUGAAUUCUACAUACCGCAUCACGUUCGAUCGGAGCGGGUUGGGCACACACUCAAUUCCAGAUUUCGAAAUCGUCUCAGAGAACUUUCACGAAAUGCUUCCACUGCAGAGCAUUGCAAGGGAUAAUAGGCCGAACUUGAUGAGCGUCUACAAUGGAGUCAGCUCAUCGCCAUUGCGUAGUAUGCGCAACGUUCGCUCUGCACUAAAUAUGAAUUUGAACAAAAGUGAUCCGGUGCUUGCGCAGGAGGUGAUCGAAAGCCCAUUCAAGGACCCGGUGUUAGGACGCGACAACAUUAAUGGCUACCCGGCCAAGUUGCUGGAGACACUUGUACGUUUGAAGCGCGCUCUAGCCUCAAAACGUUCCAAAUUACAACGACUCAGCGAAAUGAACAACGAGGCAGAAUUGAAAGCUUCGCAACAACUCACCGCUGCACAUAAUAAUUCAAAUUCAUCCUCAGAUGAGUCACAGAAUACGACCGAGGCAGUACCACAGUUGAGUGAUGAAUUCCAAAGGCGUUAUGCGUCAAUUGUUAUUUCAAUGGAGAAAAUGAAUCGCGAUAUGCAAGACUAUUUGAAUGAUGUGCAAGCAUUUGCAGGCGAUUUAACACGCGAUCCACAGGUGCAAGCAAUGCUGGCUCCCUCGUACUUGCGUGAAAAGUGCCGUGAAGCAGCCGAGGAUGCAGUGCAGCGCAAUAAUCAAGGUACAGUCCAAAAUAAGAGCGUAUUGGGGCUCAUCAAAAAUCUUGCAACGGUGCUGCUAGUCGCCUCUCAUUUGGGCAAUGAUGGUAAUUCGGUGGAAGUUUCAAAAGUGCUCGAGGGCUGCAUUGUAGAAGUGCGUUCCAGCUUGAGUGGCGUAAAUGUUGAAACGUUUCAGAAAAACGUCCAAAUACAUUUGCAUCAUGUGCGGAUGUUAGCUGCUAACAAUAAUGUAAUUAUGGGAAAUUCGGCCAUAUCAACAUCCGGUGGACCAAUUGAUAGAUAAAUUUUUAAUAUUGACAAAAAUACGUUCUCACCCCACUGUGAGUGGAUAAUUAGAAUGGAAUUAGCAUCCUAUAAAUAGCAUUCAUGAUUUAAUUUGAUAAAAAUGUAUCUUAACAAUAACAAAUGUGUAAUUUAGUUUAUUAUAAUUUCCUUUAGUUUAUUGUUGUUUUUAUGGGUUAUUUUGCGUAUUGAAUUAUUUCUUAUUUAUAAACUUAAAUAAAUUCCUAAACAACUAAA